AUGGACCUCCUGGCAAGUGGAGAAAGAGGAAACCAGACCAGCGUGCAGGAGUUCCUCUUACUGGGCUUUCCCGGCGCUUGGCAUUUCCGGAUGUCCCUCGCUGUGCUGUUUGCUGUGAUGUACAGCCUAACCAUCCUUGGGAAUGUGUCCAUCAUAAUGUUAGUGUGGACUCACCCACCAUUGCACACACCCAUGUACUUCUUUCUCUGCAAUCUCUCCUUCCUGGAGAUCUGUUUCACCACCACCUGUGUCCCCAAAGCUAUCGGCGUCAUGCUGGGCACAAGCCAAACCAUCUCCUUCACUGCCUGCCUCCUGCAGUUGUUCUUUUUCCUCUCUUUGGGCUCUACAGAAUGUUUCCUCCUGGCCGUCAUGGCCUACGACCGCUAUCUGGCCAUAUGCCACCCCUUGCGUUACAGCGCCCUCAUGAGCAGCAUCUUCUCUGCUCAGUUGGCCCUGGCCUCUUGGCUGGGUGGGUUCCUGGCUCUCUCUGUGCUGGCUUCUCUACUAUCCAGGCUGUCUUUCUGUGGCCCCAACGUCAUCAACCAUUUUGUAUGCGACAUAGAUUCCUGGAUCGUGCUGUCAUGUACGGACACGCGUCUCGUUGAGUUGGUCACGUUCAUCGUCUCAAUUGUUGUUGUUGUGGUCUCAUGCGUGAUAACCCUCAUCUCCUACUUCUAUAUCAUUUACACAAUCAUGAGCAUCCCCUCAGCCCAAGGCCGGCAAAAAGCCUUUUCUACAUGCUCCGCCCACCUCACCGUCGUGAUGCUCUGGUACGGCUCAAUCACUUUUCUGUAUGUCAAGCCUUCUGCGCAGAACUCACUGGAUGCCAAUAAAACGAUCAACAUCUUUAGCACGGUUGUCACGCCGCUAUUAAACCCUUUCAUUUACACAUUAAGAAACAAAGAAGUGAAGGAAGCCUUGAGAAAGGCAUUUGGUACGACGUGA